CACAGAUUAAUACGGCAAUAUGGUUUUAGUUAAGGAUUUAUUACACCCAAACCCAGCUACUGAAGCUCAACAACACAAAUUGAAGACCUUGGUCCAAUCCCCAAGAUCCUACUUCAUGGAUGUUAAGUGUCAAGGUUGUUUGAACAUCACCACUGUUUUCUCCCACGCCCAAACCGCUGUCACUUGUGACUCUUGUUCUACUGUCUUGUGUACCCCAUCCGGUGGUAAGGCUAAGUUGACCGAAGGUUGUUCAUUCAGAAGAAAGUAAAUUAAUACGUGUAUAAUUAUUAAUCUUCUAUAAAAAGUACAGUUACGUUU